AUAGACAGCUGACACCCCCUCAAACUUAAAAUUUUAGAAGUUUGAAAUAUAUUUUAUUUUGUAUGGAAGAUUUACUUAAUGAUAAACGAAACGUUUCGUCACAUCUCGCCACAGAAGGUUAUAUCUACUAUUUAGCAAGAGAUAAAGAAGUGCUGAAUUAAUGAAUUACAAAAGCAGAAUAACCGCAAUGUAAAGUUAACUUUUGGCGAUUUGUUUAGCAAAGUAAAGGUGACAGAAUGAUGCCAAUCAAAGACAAUUAUGAUGUGGCGUGUUUCUUUAUUACGAAGCACUCCUGGAAAGGAAAAUACAAACGUAUUUUCUCGGUGGGGACGUUGGGUAUCACCACGUAUAAUCCGUCAUCGUUGGAGGUUACAAACCGUUGGGCUUACAGUGACGUUAUCUCGAUAACUGCCCUGAAGGCGACGACCAAUGAGUUUCAAAUUACCAUGAAAAAUGAGAAGGGGAAGUGUGAACAUAUGAAGUUCUCGACCGAUCAUCGCGUCGACUUGUUAACGCAGGCUUUGCGAUUUCGACCGUACUUCUGUGAGAAAGCAAAGGAGAUAUCGAGAUUUCACGCUUACAAACAUCAUUGGUCAGACACAACUCUUCCAGUUAUGCUGGAAAUUACCCCUUACUCCCUUGAUCAACUGGACCCAACUACGAACCACGUAUUGGCAAGUUACUGUUUUAAAGAUUUCGAGGGAAUAUGUCAGAUUGCGGAUUGCACAGGUGGAUUCGUGGUGGUUUGUGGCGGCUUCGGCCGUUUACACUUGUUUCAAGCUUCAAAUUUUGAAGAUAUUAGGCAGAAAAUUUUGGAUAACGCGGCUGCUAAUUUUGGUAUUAAUAUCAAGGUAUUACCCAAACCGAUCGCUUUGGAGCACUUUCAAAGUCAACGAUUUGGGAAGUAUAGUGAAGAUGAGCACUUAACGUCAGUGUCCGAAUUUCAUGUUUACAAAAUUCACAAGGUUAGGCAUCGAGAGCCGGUGCGUAGGAUAUUGUGUCUUUCGGAGACUUGUCUGUUGGAGAGGGAUCCCCAAACCUAUAGUGUGUGUACAUUAAGGCCGCUUGGGGAAAUAUUUGCGUUGGUGAGAAACAAUGAAAAUCCGCAGUUGUUUACGAUCGAGUAUUUUAAUGGGCAUAUUCGAAGUUAUACAACUACUGACAGGGAUGCCUUACUUGCUUCUUUAUACGACGGAGCGCGUGCAUCCGGCAAUCGAGAUGUUCAUGUAGUCAUGGUGCCAACAAUGCGUGGUUUCCGCCUAGGCCCCUUGCACUUGCCAGUGGACGAAGAGGUGGAAAGUUCGCACGUAAAAUUCCUAUUAAAUCCACCCCCGAGACACUCAUUUUCAGAAUGCGUCCAUAGGUUUAAUGCAAAUGUACCAUACAGUGGUUUAUUGUAUAGUGUCACUCAGGAUGGUAUUUUUUCUGAAAAUAAGGAUAAGUUAAUUACCGGCGCUUUACAAGCUUUAGUUCAAAAAGAAGGGGAUCAGAAAGCUAUCAGCAGUAUCGAAUUGGAAGCGCAGUUUCAAGCGUUGCGGCGAUUGGUAGCAAGUAAAAUUGGGUACUCGUGUUUUACAACUUUGCCAGGGUUUCGGGAGGCAGUGGGUAUGAAAGUUGUAAAUGCGUUAAAACGCAACGAGUAUGGCGUUAAUCAUGCAGCGAUAGAUAUGGUAUGUGCGCUCAUGCAUCCCAUGCAUGAUGACUAUGAUCUUCGACAAGAGCAGCUCAACAAAUCAUCUCUUCUUCAAACUAAAACAUUCCUUGAAAGUCUGUUGAACAUGUGGAUGGCGCAUAUAGAACUCGGGACUGGAGCUUUAGUUGUUUCGGCUAUGUUAGACUUUCUAACUUUUGCUCUUUGUGUACCGUACAGUGAAACUACUGAUGGCAAACAGUUUGAUGUGUUAUUAGAAAUGGUGGCAGAACGAGGACGGUCACUAUUUCGAUUAUUCCAGCAUCCGUCCCUGGCCAUUGUAAAGGGGGCGGGUCUGGUUAUGAGAGCAUUAAUUGAAGAAGGAGAUGCGGAAGUGGCAGCGCGAAUGCAAUCUUUGGCUCUGGGCGAAGGGGCGUUACCACAACAUCUGCUCGCGGCAUUAUUCACUCAAGGUUCUGAUGGUCGUCUCCUUGCUCACCGCCAACUUUCCAGGCAUCUUGUAGGAUUGUGGAUAACAGGCAACCCAAUCGCUAUGGGACUUUUGAAAAGAAUAAUGCCCACCGGACUAAUCACCUACCUGGAUUCUCAGGAAAAAGUUCCGGAGUCCGCUAUAGAACAGGAAAUGCUAAAUCAUCGGGAUAAUCUGAAAAUGGCCGUCGAUCACGCCAAUAAAAACAAACGUAAUCCGAAUUGGCUAGCUGUCGAGAAGCAACUGAAGUAUGUGGAGAAACAGGUGGAGCACUACACUGCACUUGCUAUGCAACAUUGGGGUGCGCGUAUGGGUAUUACGUUGGAAAGGAAGGAGAAGAUCAAGGAGAGGCCUAUUGUACUGCGACGGAGACGGGAGCGAAUCAAAGCUGAGGCCAACUGGACUUACUUUUAUUGGAAAUUUAAUCAAGACCAAGAACUUCCUAAUUUAAUCUGGAAUCAUAAGACUAGAGAGGAGUUGCGAUGUGCCUUAGAAAAUGAAGUGCGAUCGUUUCAAUCCGACAGGGAAUUAUCAGGGUCCGCACUUAUUGCCUGGAAUCACCAAGAAUUCGAACUACAUUAUCAAUGUUUAGCCGACGAAGUAAAGAUUGGCGACUACUAUUUAAGACUGCUUUUGGAAUUGGACGAUAACGACAAUUCUCCUAUUCGUAGAUCGUAUGAAUUUUUUAAUGAUUUGUAUCAUAGAUUUUUACUUACCACUAAGGUGGAAAUGAAAUGUAUGUGCUUGCAAGCUAUGUCGAUAGUUUAUGGGAGAUACUUUGAAGAUAUAGGUCCAUUCAGUGAUACUAAAUAUAUUGUAGGAAUGCUAGAUCGCUGUGUAGAUAAAAUGGAGCGUGAUCGUUUAUUAAUGUUUAUAAAUAAAUUAAUAUUGCAUCAUCGCAAUGUUUGUGAUUUUCUUGAAGCGGGUGGAAUCCGUAUUUUAGUUGAUCUACUUACUUUAGCUCAUUUACAUACUUCUCGUGCUGUGAUACCUACGCAAACAAACGUGAUUGAAGCCGGACCGGGCAUGCAAAUUGUCCAGGAAAAGGAAUGGUAUUUUAAUAAAGAUAGUGUGAGGCAAGGACCUGUGAGUUUCCAAGAGGUUAAGGAUUUGUAUGAAAAAAAGGUGAUUAAGAGCGCCACCUUGUUUUGGGCAAGUGGUUUAGAUGUCUGGCGCGCGAUGGUUCUGCUACCUCAAUUAAAAUGGUAUAUUAUUGCAAAAGGCACACCUGUACUUAACGAAAGUGACAUGGCCACUCUCAUUCUUAAUAUUUUUAUUAAGAUGUGCCAAUAUUUUCCUAGCAGAGAUGAAGACAAUGCAAUUAUUCGUCCUUUGCCAAGAGUGAAGCGGUUGAUUACAGAUUCGUUAUGUCUUGGACAUAUUGUUCAACUGCUUUUAACUUUCGAUCCAAUUAUCGUCGAAAAAGUUGCUACGCUUCUCUGCGAAAUUAUGCAAGACAAUCCGGAAAUGUCGAAAGUUUACCUCACUGGAGUAUUUUUCUUUAUAUUGAUGUAUACAGGAAGCAAUGUGUUGCCGAUUGCAAAAUUUUUGCAGUUAACGCACAUGAAACAAGCAUUUAAAGCUGAUGAUACUGCAACAUCAGACAUUAUGACCCGAAGCAUAUUAGGACAAUUACUUCCCGAAGCAAUGGUCAAUUACUUGGAAAACCACGGUGCAGAAAAGUUUGCACAAAUAUUUCUCGGUGAAUUUGACACGCCUGAAGCAAUAUGGAAUUCCGAAAUGCGUCGCAAACUAAUAGAAAAAAUUUCAACUCACAUAGCCGACUUUACCCCUCGACUACGAAGUCACACGAUGGCAAGAUACCAGUACAUCGCGAUACCUGCGAUACGGUAUCCAGAGUUGGAACACGAACUGUUUUGUAACAUAUUUUACUUACGACAUCUCUGUGAUACGGACAAAUUUCCUAAUUGGCCCAUACCAGAUCCGAUAAAACUUUUAAAAGACGUUUUGGAGGCGUGGAAGGCCGAAGUGGAAAAGAAACCGCCCACUAUGACGAUAGAGGACGCUUACAGGAAUUUAGGCUUGAAUAGUGAACCACACGACGAGGCGAUUGUAAGAAAAGCGUAUUAUAAAUUGGCCCAGCAAUUUCAUCCAGACAAGAAUCCUGAAGGAAGAGAUCGCUUCGAGAAAGUUAACCAAGCGUACGAGUUUCUGUGCAGUCGUGUUUCAUGGACCUCGGGACCUAACCCGAAUAAUAUAGUGCUGGUUCUUCGCACGCAGAGUAUUCUAUUUCAUAGACAUUCUGACCAACUGCAACCAUAUAAAUACGCGGGAUAUCCUCAGUUGAUUAAAACCAUUCAGAUGGAAACCGCUGAUGAGCAGUUGUUUUCGAAAAGUGAUCCGCUGCUGGCAGCUGCAAGCGAGUUGGCGUACCACACGGUGCAUUGUUCUGCGCUAAACGCGGAGGAGUUGCGCCGAGAAAAUGGAUUGGAGGUGCUCUUAGAAGCCUACAGUCGUUGUGUGGGUGUUUUGAACAAUUCAGCAAAACCUAAUGAAACGGGUGUUCAAGUGUGUCAGCAUAUCACUAGGUGUUAUUCGGUAGCAGCCCAAUUUCCUGCUUGUCGAGAGCGCAUGAUUGAGUUGCCACAGUUUGUCAAAGACCUAUGUAGAAUUCUGUACUUUAAACACUUGACAAAACUGUGCUAUAUAUCCACAGAAUGUGUCAGUGCGAUUGCAAUUGAUUCCAUACUCCAGAUGCAACUGUUGAAAGCGGGAGCUUUGUGGCACUUGCUACUGUUCAUGUUUACUUAUGAUUUCACUUUGGAUGAAGGUGGAGUAGAACGUACGGAAGACGCCAAUCAACAAGAGGUUGCUAAUCGCCUUGCCAAGGAGGCAGUUGUGGCGUGUGGCCGUUUGGGCGGUUACGGUUCUAAUGACAAUGUAACACCUCACAAUCCUGUGACAAGGGGAAUUUUAGAUACUUUGUUAACUGGUUACGUUGCAAAUCAACUGGCUACGGAACAACCUGAAGUGAUACUAAAAAUGUUGAAUAGCAAUUGCGAAACGCCUUAUUUAAUUUGGAACAACGGAACGCGAGCUGAAUUGGUCGACUUUUUAGAAACCCAAAGGCAAUGUAGAGAGACUGAUGUAACGGUAGGAAAUGAUUUUAAAUAUUCAGCUCACUCCGAUGUAUUACAAGUUGGAGGUGUGUUCAUUCCAAUUUACAAUCAACAACCGACUUAUACUAUUAACAACCCUAAAACUUUCGCAUUGGACCUCUUUAAGUUUCUGUCGGAGCAGUAUCAAUAUUUACACUCACUUGCUGACAUAGCAUUUUCGGUUACAAUAGAAACUCGACUGCAGCACACUGUGAUAACGCUUGAAGCAUUAACGAAUUUGAUCAAGAAUAAUACUGGAGUUGAGCUCCAGUGCAUUGGACACUUUCAACUGCUCUUUAAUUUUCUGAGAGUUUCUCAUAUACCCAUCCAAAAGCGAGCUUUGAACGUAAUUUCCCUAGUGACAAGGAACAACGAAUGUGUAAAUGACAUAGCGGCGAGCGAAGUCCUGGGACAUUUAUUGCUUAGUUUGUACAUUCUACAAGACUCGCAACAACAAAUCCUAGCCACUUUGCACGCUUUGAUGUCGACCACAAAAAUUGUCAAAGAAAGUUUAAGUAAAGGCGCUGUGAUUUAUUUAAUGGAUCUCUUUUGUAACUCUGCCAAUCAGCAAAUACGCGAAAUGUGCGCGGAAUUACUGGCGAGAAUGAACGCAGACAAAUUAGUCGGUCCAAAGGUGCGGCUUGCGUUGGGGUCAUUUUUGCCUCCAAUUUUCGCCGACGCCAUGCGUGAUAAUCCACAGGCUUGUGUUCAUAUGUUCGAAUCUGCGCAUGAGCAUCCCGAGUUGAUUUGGGAUCAAGAUGCCAAAGAUCGCGUAUGCACAUGUGUUGCGAAAUUGCGGAGAGAGCAUGAAAUGGCGCAAGCACAAAAUCCUUCCGCCCUCUGGCGACUACCGGACAACAAUGGUUUAACCAACAGUGUUACACCUAACGAGAUUAUGAUUGGUGGUGUUUAUUUGAGAAUAUUUAUAGCGAAUCCUGCAUGGACCCUUAGAAGACCAAAGGAAUUUUUGUCUGAAUUAUUCGAAACAUGUCUAUCCCAAAUGGCCAAAGAUAAACCUAGUACUGAAUUAUUAGAAAUUGGAACAAACGCAUUAUGUGCCUUAUUGCAAGCUCAGCCUGCAUUGCUUGAUUUGAUACCAUCCAUGGGUCAUAUACCACGCCUGUGUAGACAACUAGGCUCCAAUUUGAAGCAGGCUAUCGUCCCGAAGUGUGGCAUUCUCAUUCUACAUGCCAUAUCUUCCAAUGCUGUUUGUAUAACCUCUGUAGCACAAAGUGAUUGCAUGCUUCCUUUAAAACAAGCCAUGCACGUCCGUCAAGACAUGAUAGCAGUUGCCUGUGAAGCUCUGGGGCGGUUAUUUUCCACUGGUCAAGAACAGUUAGUUAAACAAGCUCUAGACGCGGACCUUGUUACUUACCUGUUGACUUUACUGGAUGCAAGAUUGGAGAUACUCGAUAAUCCCGCCAUGACCAAAGCGCAAAUAGUGAAAGCACUGAAAUGUAUGAGCCGAAGUUUAACAUAUGGAGAACAAGUGAACGCAAUUCUAAAUAAAAGUGCAGUGUGGGCUGACUACCGAGAUCAAAAGCAUGACCUUUUCAUUUCGAACACGCCCAUUUCUGGUUAUCUGACAGCUGGCACACCAAAAACAGCAGGAUAUCUUACGCAGGGCGGUUCAUCUAAAAUGACUAGUGCUCCACCACCAAUUCACAAAGAAGAUCCAUUAAUGCACCGUAAUGAAUUCUGACUAAUUUUCCCUGGAAUGAUCUUAAAACGUGGAUGCGUCUCUCAAAAUUUUGAGCAAUAUACUCCUAUACAUUAUAGGUAUACAAUGUAAAAAUGUAAAGUAUUUGUAUUUUAAUAUUUAUCGCGUAGGUUUUACAGUGCUCUCAUUGCUACUUUAAAUUUCUUUAUCUUUAUUAUUAUUUUUCUAAUAAAGUAUUUCAUUUAUAGUUA